UGCAGUUAUCAGUGUUUUAAAAUUCCUACAAGGAAACACGCGAAUGGAUUCGACGCAAGAUUUGUCAAAAGAGAAUCGUCAUCAAUCGGAUCAACAACAGCCAUUUGAAAAUGCCACGGUGUCUGAAAUACACGGAAAUCCAUCCCAGGAAAUCGAGAUAGAUUCAGAGAAUGACUCAAUAGUAGUGUUAAACUCUAUGAGUGAUGUGAAACAUGCUAUCAAAGACAUUUUCUGUAACGUUGUGGAUCCAGAAAAAUUUCUGCAUGUGCUGAGGAAACACAGACAGAUCUUUAGCCGGCAUGAAGAGGAGAACAUACUUCAUCAAACUCAAACAGUUGGGAAAAAAGAAGGUGCUUUCGCUAUAUUAGACAAAUUAAUUUUACUUGGCGACUAUUUGAAGUUAUUAAUCGAUGUUCUGUCUGAUGAGGAAAUCGGACUUCUGGACACCGCUGAUACAAUAAGACACAUUAUUGAUGGCCUAAAAGCGGAUCAGGCCCCAACAUUCGAACAGACCACUGGGAAUGAAAUUGGAAGAACUGCAUCGCUGGAAAAUGAAACAAGUGAUAUCAACAAACAAGAAGAAGCAAAUGUGCCUAGCCUAAAACAGAUGGAAAAAGAUGAUACAUUAGAUUUUCUUCUCAUUGGAAAAACUGGUAACGGGAAGAGUAGAACAGGAAAUACGAUUCUUGGAGAGAAGGUCUUUAGGGUUGACUCAAAUACAGAGUCCGUUACACGGGAAGUUGAAACAGGUGUCGUGAACUUUAACGGUCGUAAAAUUUGUGUCGUGGACCAGCCUGGAGUGGGAGAUACAGUCAGUAUUGAUGACGUUGGGAAAGCUGCUGAGAUUGUUUUAGAUAGUAAUAAACAUGCGUUCACCUUGAAUACUCGAGGAUAUCACGCAUUUCUUCUUAUAGUGAGGUUUGGAGGAAGAUAUACUGAAGAAGACGUGGAGUGUGUUCGUAUUCUGAAGCACAUAUUUGGACAGGAUUUUUUAAAGAAUUAUGGCAUUGUUAUUGUUUCUUAUGGGGACAAUUUCAAAACGGAAUCAGCAGAGAACAACAACUUCACAUUUGAGGAAUGGUGCCACAAACAAGAUGGGCAUUUUAAAAUGUUGCUAGAAGAAUGCUGUAACAGAGUUCUACUGUUUGACAAUGUGACAAAAGAUGAAACGAUUCGAUGUAAACAAGUACAGACACUGAUUGAUAAGGUGGACAAGCUGAAAAUUGAUGGACAACGUUACAGCUUUGACCAAUUUAAUGAACAUAAACAAUCAAGAGAAUUGUUUUUAAUCAAAGUUAAAGAACCGAAAAUACGCGAUGAGACUCUAAAUAAAUUAAAACUAAUAAAUGAUGAGUUUAAGCAACUGUCACAAAACAAAUCUUUGGAUGACGAAAACAUAAAAAAGCAUAUAACAUUAAUCGAGAAGGUUCACGCACUAGGAGCUUAUAUCAAAUUGGAAGAUAAGGAAAGCAAUGUUUUUACCGAUCUGCUUAGACAUAUUGAUGCAAUUCAUAAUUACAUAAACGGAAGUGUUACAAUCAUAGUGGACUUAAAGCAACAAAAGGAAAAGAUAGAAAAAGAAACAAUAGAACGUGAGCAAGAAAAAAACAAAUUCGAGGAAACUUUGCAAAAAAUUGCUGAACAUAAACAUUCUGUUGAUCAAAAUUAUGAACUUCAAAGAAAUAAUCUAGAAGCUGAAUAUGAAAAGAAAAUAAAACUUGAAAAUAACUAUCAGAAUAGGUCAAAACUGAAAGGGGAAGUUCAGAAACAGCUGUAUGAAUUAAAAACAAUAUAUACAAAGGAAAUGAAUGACUUACGUGAAAAAGAAACCAAGGCAACAAAAGACAAACAUGCAUUGGGUCACUUUUUAAAAGAACUAGAAAACAAACAGAAAGAUGUGUUAAAAUCACAUAAGGAAUUACGUGAGAAACAGAAACAGCAGACCACUGAGACUAUCAAUGAUUUGAAAAAUUUAAAAGAUCAGAACAGAAAGCUCCUGGAGCAAAUUGAUAAGACAGAAAAACAUAAAAUUGAAAGUUUCGAAGCGAAAUUAAAACUUCUUAAAGAAAAGCUUGGUAAAGAUCCAAAAAGUGUUACAGACGAGGAGAAGAAAAAGUUACAAAAAGAACUUGACCAGAUGUACAGCGAGUACAAUAAGUGGCUAAAAGUAAAAAACUGUGUUAUAUUGUAAACAACCAAAACAAACAUUAUUGUUCAAAAUACAUUAACAGAUGUGGACCUAUAUAAAAUCACAAUAUGUAUGCGUUUGUGGGGUUUUAAACCCCCAGAUGUAUAAUAUAUUUUGUGUUAUGAUAGACUUGCUUUAAAUAAUUAAAUACAAUUAAAUUGUUGAAGAAUGGUGUUUUAAUUUGUACUGUUAAAAUAAAGUUGUAACCAUUGUAAACUGUGAGUGAAUGUAUUCGAUCCUAACUUGAUGGGUUCGACCCUGUAUAGGAUUCUAUUUUUAAUUUGUAUAGUGCUUGUAAACUCUUUAAACACAAAAAAAAAAUAAUAUUUAACUUCGUUAACAUCAUCUUUUGAUUUAGGUAAUUUUAGAUUUUUAAAGUGAUGUUUUAAAAAUAAAUAUCAUUUAGCAAAUUUAUUUUUUAACUGUCGACCUCCUUUUUAUUAUAUACACGGAUUUUUCUUUUUCUUUCCAUUUUCCAUUAUAUAACUAAUUUUUUAGUACAAAGAUUUUAUUAUUUUUAUAAUGUAACCACCCAUCGUCUCAACUUGUAACCGUCCCCUUUUUAAAUGUUACAACUGCAGAUUUUUAAAACUUUUAGUAACAUUGAAAUUUAUUUGUUACAUUUAAAAAAAUAAUUGACAACAUUAUGUACAUAUAACGUUUGUUUCAGGAUAUAUUCUAUAGGUUAAAGUAAGAAUAAUAACAGAAAAAACAAACGCGUUUCAAUUAAUAAUGCGCUAAUUAUGCUACCUUAAGCCAUGCCAAUAUGCCUUACAACCCCAAGCUACGUAAAGUUAAACAUGUGCUUGGAUGGUGUUGUUGGGGUGAGCUCAUAUUUGUAAUAUGUUCAUUCAAUUGUUUUAAAGUGAUUGUUCCAUGAUUAUGUAACACAGAUUCAAUUAAGAAGGUGUUGGCUAGGUCGGUUUAUUGACGCUUUGAAUAUUUUAA